AUACUGUCUAAGCAAUACUUAUACCUUAAAACACAAUCCCUGUUUCACUUUGAGUACUUUGAGCUGAUUUAUUCUUUGACUUGAAGUACUUUAAAUACAUAGUACUGCCCAGUCUCCAUGUAACGUCACAGUACUCUACAGGGUGGUAUUAGUACUGCAGUUGUGAUGUCUCUGCAGAAGGGAACACACCCCGGUAUUAAAGCAUGCAGUACUUUCUGGGCGGAGUGAGUACUUUGUGCAGAAUGUGGAUCUGCAGGUUUCUGCUCCGACCGGAUCAGCAGGAGAGGAUCUGAGUACUCUCCGUCUCAACAACGCAGUACUUCAGUACUCUCUGACCCAGGUGUGUGUACUGUGUGUACUGUGUGUACUGUGUGUGUGGUUGGGUCAGUGAAGGCAACAUGGCGGUGAAUCUGAGCAGAAACGGGCCGGCUCUGAUGGAGGCUUACAAACAGGUGGUGGACGGGAAGGUGGACACUAACUGGGCUCUGUUUACUUAUGAAGGAAACUCUAAUGACAUCCGUCUGGCUGAAAAGGGAGACGGGGGUCUGGAGGAGAUGGUGGAGGAGUUGAACAGCGGGAAGGUGAUGUACGCUUUCUGUCGAGUCCAAGACCCCAACUCAGGCCUGCCCAAGUAUGUCCUGAUAAACUGGACAGGUGAAGGUGUGAAGGACUCUCGUAAAGGAGUGUGUGCGAACCAUGUGAGCUCCAUGGCCACCUUCCUGAGGGGGGCUCACGUCACUAUAAACGCUCGAUCAGAGGACGACGUGGAGCCGGACGACGUCCUGCAGAAAGUGUCCCGAGCGUCCGGAGCCAGUUUUAAUUUCCACAAAAGCACCGAGAGCAGAGACGCUCCCCGAGGGCCGGUGGGCUCUGUGUAUCGUAAGACCAACGCUGUGGAGGAAAUCCUGAAGACCAAAAAGGACGACUUCUGGACUCAGACUGAGAGGGAGGAGGAGGUGAGCAGACGGCAGGAGGGCGAGCGAGCAGGGAGGGAGAGAGAGAGGCUGGAGAGAGAGAGGAGGCAAGAGGACGAGAGACAGAGAGAGGAGAGAGAGAGGAGGAGCAGAGAGAGAGAGGAGCAGCUCCAGCAGGACAGGAUCUCUCAGAAGCAGAGAGAGGAAGAAGAGCGAGAGAAAGAGCAGCAGAGAAGAGAGAUGGUGCAGGAAAAUGGAAACAAGAAGUCUGGCAUCAGCUCUGCGGCGUCGGUGCAGAAAGCGAACGAGGCCAAGUCCCUGAUUUCCCAGAGAUCUUUUAACCCUCGAGAGGUUUUCCAGCAGAGGGAGCAGAGCCACGAGAAGUUCUCUCCUGCACUCAGACCAGGGAAGCUGCAGAGCCCCUUUUUCUCUCCUGUCUCCCCCUCCCCUGUCUCCCCCUCCCCUGUCUCCCCCUCCCCUGUCUCCCCACCCUCACCUGUCUCCCCCCCCUCACCUGUCUCCGCCCCCUCACCUGUCUCACCCUUCCCGGCGUACUCCAUGCACCGCCUGUCUCCUGCCUCACCUCUCCUGUCUCUCUCUCCUGUCUCCCCCUCACCUGUCUCCCCCCCCUCACCUGUCUCCGCCCCCUCACCUGUCUCACCCUUCCCGGCGUACUCCAUGCACCGCCUGUCUCCUGUCUCACCCCUCUCUCCUGUCUCACCCCCCCCGGAGACAGCAGCAUCACCUGCUCCCGCUGCAGUGUUCCCAGAGGAGGAGGCGGAGUGGUCUGAUGACUUUGAAGAGGAGGCUCCUCCAGCUGAGGAGGAUCUGUACGAGGUUCCAAACCCAGACCUGGACGAGGACCUUUAUGAAGACCUGACCCUCAUCUCCACAGCUGAAGUCCCAGAAAGCAACGGGCAGGGAGCGUGUGCUAGAGCUCUGUACGACUACCAGGGGGUCGAUGACUCCGAGAUAACCUUUGACCCCGAUGACAUCAUCACGGGGAUCGAGUUUCUGGACGAGGGUUGGUGGAGAGGAUUCGGACCGACCGGACACUAUGGGCUGUUCCCGGCGAACUACGUGGAGUUAAUGUAGCUGUUCUGCAUGCUAUCUGCCAGACAUCAUUACACAUAAUCAAUACUUACAUCAGUCUGUGGUCAAAUUAAAGGUGUGUCCCUGGAGGAAGGUCCCAUUGUUCUAAAUUACUGGAUUUAAAGACUCAUAAUAAACUCUGUCAAUAUUCAAGAA